UACCCGUCUCGUGUGCUCAUUAGCAGCUCUGCCUCUGUUUCCAGGAUUCACAAUGAAGUUUUCUUUCGCUUCGCUCCUUGCUUGCGCGGGCCUCGCAACAGCCCUGCCUUCGUCUGUAAUUUCUUCGACCGAGCUUUCUGCCCCCGAGGGCGUCAACAUCGAGAGUCGCUCAACGAAUGGAAAUGUUACCGACAAGGGCAUUGCCCGAUUCGAUAACGGCAACAUCUGGGACGGCCAGGGCAAUGGAACGGAUUCUUACAAGCUCUACCUCGGCAACGGAACAACCGCUGCGGGGUGGCCGUCUAUCGAGUCUUGGGUCUCGUUUGGAAACAUGUUCGAGAACUACAAACUCACAAUACAGUGGGCUUGCCAAAACCUGAAUUGGCGUCUUCCCAACAAUAAUGAUGACGAAAUUGAAGCCAUCUACAAUGGUAUCCAGCUGGCUGCCAAUGCGACAGGCGUCGACCAUCGAUUCAUCUUGGCUGUCAUCAUGCAAGAAUCACAUGGAUGCCCGCGAGUCAAUACCACCAACCUGGGCGUUCGCAAUCCCGGUCUCAUGCAGAACCAUAACGGAGAUGCCUCGUGCAACGACAACAAGAAGCUCACAACACCUUGCCCGACGUCAACGAUCCAUAAGAUGAUCAUGGAAGGCACCGCUGGCACCUCGUCUGGUGCUGGUCUGUCCCACUGCAUCAACGAAUCUGGCCGAAGCGAUGUUUCUGAUUACUACCGCGCUGCUCGCAUCUACAACUCUGGCUCCCUCUCCAAGACCGGUGACUUGCAGAGUAACAUUGCUACUCACUGCUACGCCAGCGAUAUUGCAAACCGCCUCACUGGCUGGGUUUACGCAAAGUCAACAUGCACAUGCGAUACCGACCCCAAGAGCUGCAACGUAUCAAAGAAUUAGCCUGGCACAUUGAAAUGAUGUGUGGCCUUGAUAGAUCCCAGCGCUGGCGUAUAAAAUGUUUUGUCUAAUGAAUUUACCAGCGCGUCGUUUAAUUUUGUAUAUAGAAACGACGCGCAAGCUGUACAUAUAGUAUUAUGAUAUCCCCAUUAUAGAAUAGAGUAAUUUGGCUUGGAA